GGAAAACCGCACACCGCAGUUUUCACGGAGUCACAGACAGCUUGCGGAGUUGCGGUGGGAUACAAGCGUGCGACGCUGUUGUGUAUGUAGUAGUGUGCUGAAGAAUUCGAGCGAGGAGAGGGCGGGUCGAGGUGAUGUGCAGUCUCGUGUGUGUGCUACAUACGACAGUAGAGACCGUAGAUGGAGCACAGUCUCCAACAGACGAGCGAGAGAGCUCUUCGGGCACGGCCACCGCCAGCCCUACGGCAUUCGAGUGUGCUGCCACAGCGCCGCCGACCGUUCGCCGCACUCCACGAAAAUCGCAAUCACACGCCACGCCACAGCGCCUCUCUUCCCUUCCAGCAGAGAAAGAACACGAGUUUAGAUCUUCAAAAACACCAUACAUACCCUACAUACUCUACACAGGCAUUCUGACAUGUGAUUCCCGACGCGUCGCAAGGUACUGGUUCGUUAUGUGGCGUGAAGUCUCAACGUCAUACCACGGUAGCACACGCACACGCACAAGCACCAGCAAGUCUUGGAUCCCGCGUUGGGUGAGGUGGGCUGGAACGGGGGGAGUGGGAAUCUCAUUCCAACUUUGCAGUUGCCGUGCAGCGCAGCAGUGCAGUGCAGUGCGGCGCAAGUGCCGCCUGUCGAACAACUCGUUACUCGUCCAUCCCUGAGUUCAUAUCCGCGACGUCGCUCGACGUUGCUCUGCUCGGCCCUGCUAAGUUCUAACUAACAUCUAGGUACAUGCCGACAUACCGACAUACAUAUCCCCACCCGUCUAUCAUACCUGACAUAUCCGACCCGCGGUUUCAACUGCUUUCGAACUUGCUUGUCUGUCUGAUUUCCCCGGUAAACUAGCUCCGGCCCGUUGACGUUCGAUAAACCGCGCGGC